AUGGCACCCCUAUACAAGAAAGUCCUCAUCAUCGGCGCCACCUCCGGCAUAGGCGAAGCCCUCGCCACCAAGCUCCUCGAUGGCGGUACCUCCGUGAUAGUCACCGGCCGCCGACAAGAGCGCCUCGACGCCUACGUCUCGAAACACUCGAACAGCACAACCAGCCCCAGCCCCAGCGCCACUGUCAACUCAAUUGCCCUCGACAUCACAAACCUCAGCGCAAUUCCCUCCUUCGCCGCCUCCGUCACGCAAGCCCACCCAGACCUCGACAGCGUGAUCCUCAACGCCGGCAUACAGCGGCCGUUCGACUUCUCGCGCCCCGCGACCGUCGACCUGGACGCCUUCGGCAAGGAGCUGCUUACCAACUACACGGCCUACGUGCACCUGGUUACGGCGCUGCUGCCGCACCUGCAGGCACUAGGCAAACAAACACAAACGCACCUCGUGUUCGUGAGCGCGUCGCUCGCUCUGGUGCCGACGCUCGUGCGGACGCCGGGUUACAACGCCAGCAAGGCGGCGCUGCACUCGUGGAUCACGAACCUGCGGCAGCAGCUCCGGGACAAUGGCGAUAGCGUGCGGGUCGUGGAGGUGUUCCCGCCGGCGGUGCAGACGGAGCUGCACGAUACGAGACACCAGCCGGACAUGGUCAAUGGGGGCGAGAUCGGCAUGCCGCUUCCGGCUUACAUUGAUGCCAUGUAUAAGGGGUUGGAGAAGGGGAAUGACCAGUUCGCCAUCGGACAUGCUGAUGUUUGGCUCGCGGAUGGGGGUUUUGAGGCUGAGAGGCAGAAGCUGUUUGAGGAGGGACAGGUUGCAGUGAAAGGCGCCUUGGCGAAGUACCUCAAGUGA